AUGGCCUCUGUCUCUGAGCUCGCCUGUAUCUACUCCACCUUCAUCCUUCACGACGACGAGGUGACUGCAAAGGCCUUGGCCAAUGUCAACAUUGGGAGCCUCAUCUGCAACAUAGGGGCUGGUGGACCUGCUCCAGCAGCUGGAGCUGCACCAGCGGGUGGUCCUGCCCCCUCUACCGCUGCUGCCCCAGCUGAGGAGAAGAAAGUGGAAGCAAAGAAGGAAGAAUCUUGA